AUGAAGCGCAUCUGCGCCGCCGUCAAGGAGGCCGGUGUGUUUGUCGUCCUCGGCUACAGCGAGAGGUUCAAGAACACCUUGUACAUUGCCCAGAUCAAGCCGACCCACGUCGAGCGCGCCUACUGGGGCGACGGCCAAGGCGAGUCCCUGCAGACCGUCGCGCCUAGCACGCUCCACCCCUCGGUUAAGAUCGGUGGCCUCAACUGCUGGGAGCACACGCAGACGCUCCUCCGCUACUACGAGUACGAGCAGGACGUCGACCUGCACGUCUCCAGCUGGCCCGUCCUCUGGCCUCACCCGACCGACAAGGACGGCGUCAGGCAGGCCGACUGGCCUCACCACAUCACGGACGAGAUGAGCAUGCGCUUCUCGCAGGUGGUGGCGCUCGAGGGCGCAUGCUUCGUCAUGGUCUGCACGCAGGUCGUCAGCGAGGAGUCCAAGAAGCGGUGCCGGAUCGACGAGUUUGGGUACGCGACAAACUCUGUCGGCGCGGGCGGCGGCUUCAGCAUGAUUUACUCGCCCUUUGGCGAGGAGCUGGUGAAGCGCCCGCCGCCUGGGGAGGAGUGCAUCUUGUAUGCUGAUGUCGACCUCGCGGAGAAGGCCAAGGCGAAGCAGAACCUCGAUAUUGUCGGACACUACUGCCGUCCUGACCAGCUGAGUCUGCGGGUGAACAAAUACCCUGCGCGUCCCGUUCACUACGCGGCCGACCCUUGA